CCCUCUUACAUAAUCAUCCUUCAUAGGUGCCUUGUUCCAGCCAAUCACAAUCCUGUAAAAAGCGACAAGAACCCCCCAGCUUCGAUUCGCUCCGAACCCGUUACCUUACCUGCUGCUGUCUCGUUAUAACCUACCAGGUGCUCUACCCGCCAACCGUGUGUUCAUUGAAGUAUCUGGGCCGAGCUAAGGAACGAAAUCAGUCACAAUGGCGCGCAGAGAACCUCAAUUCAACCAGCAGGUCCUCGUGGACACGACCCCGAUGCCCGAUGGUAUUCCCAAAGUGGCCGAGAUUGGAGCGACGUCUGCGCCGUUGACCAGCGCCGCCUACUUCAUCGGGGACCGGUGCAAGGCAUUCAACGAUGACUUUAUGAAGUGCAAGGCGGAGGCGAAUGGACGGGGAGAACUGGAGUGUUUGAAGGAGGGGAGAAAGGUGACCCGUUGUGCGGCUAGUGUAAUCAAGGAUAUCAACACCCACUGCUUGAAGCAGUUCAAUACCCACUGGGAAUGCUUGGAGAAUAACAACCAUCACCUGUGGGAAUGCCGUAAGCCAGAGAUGGAACUGAAUAACUGUGUUUUCGAGAAACUGGGCCUCAAGAAAACUAUCCCCGGAGCCCCCGAGAAGGAAGUCCCUGUGCACCUUCGACCUAAGCAAUUGUACGCCCAAUUCCCCGGACCUCAAUAUUAGUCUAGUCGCCAUAGCUUGCUAGGCUGCGCUACACUACGUGUUUUUUUUUUUUUUUUUAAGAAAAGAAUCCGUGCUCCCGGAUCUGUCUGUUUAGGGUAUUCUUAUCAUGGGUCGAUUUGAUUUUUGGUGGUUUGAUCGAUCCCCUGUUUGUGUAUAUAUUAGCAUCAAUGUCAUGUCUUUCUAUUUUCGAUUUUCGAUUUUAUAUUAUCAAUUCAAGCUGAAGAAAAUGGGAAAAAAAAAAAAACGAGAAAGAAAACGAGAGAGAGAGAGAGGGAGGGAGAGAAAACAUAGUUAAUCAGGCUUAAGAUUUCAUAUGCAUGGCUUCAUCUAUACUAGAAUACAUAUCCCUCUAUC